CCAACAUGGGGAUGCGUAUUUGAAAAACCCAUCUUGCAUCAUUUUUAACCUUUUUCUCCUGCCGCGCGGAGAGAGAUGGAUCCGUCCAGGAGGAGCGAGAGUGACUGGCAGGGGCUGGUCAACGAGGUGAAACUGUAAAAGACGCGGAGAGGAGACGAGCGUGAAAAUAAUACCUUAACUCAGCUGGUGGUGUGCACCACCAAACUAUCACAUUAGCAGCAAAUCGGUGCCUAAAUUCUGUGUGUCUGGAGCAGUUAUUGGAACUCAGUUAAAUCAGAUGUGGUUUAGAUUAAACCGAGUGAACAGGAUUAGCUUUGGUUUCUCUCAGCAUGUAGAAGAGGAAUUCCUAGUUUGUAAGCGGAAGUUAGAGAGUAAGAAAGAAGCUCUCCUGAUUCUGUCUAAAGAGCUGGACACCUGCCAGCAGGAGAGGGAUCAGUACAAACUGAUGGCCAACCAGCUCCGUGAGCGACACCAAGGACUCAAGAAGAAAUACAGUGAACUCAUUGAUGGAGAUCCCGCUCUGCCUCCUGAGAAGAGGAACCAAGUGAAUUUAGCCCAGCUACUUAGAGACUCCAGAGAAAGAACCAGUCAACUUUCUGAGGAGGUGAAGGAGCUGAAACAACGACUGGUGGAAGCCCAAGGUGAUAACAAGCUUCUACGAAUGACCAUCACCAAACAGAGGCUGGGAGACGAGGAGGUUGGCGCUCGGCACUUUCCUGCUCAUGAACGAGAGGAUCUGGUCAGACAGUUAGAAAGAGCUCGGGAACAGAACGAGGUUCUGGAGCACAGCGUGAAGUCGCUCACAGACGAGCUUCAGGACGUACGAGCAGAGCGUGACGUGUUUCAGCAGAAGGCUCAUCGUCUCAAUGUGGAAAUGAACCACAUCGUGGGCAACGAUGACAUGCGGAUUUUAGACAUAGAUGCACUCUGCAUGGAAAACAGGUAUUUGCAUGAACGGUUCAGUCAACUUCAAGAAGAAGUCAACUUGCUCAAAACAAAUCUGAUGAAGUACAAGAGUGCCCUGGACUGUAGGAAAAACUCUAAAAUCUGUGGGAAAGCCAACAGUAGUGCACUGACUGGGGUACUCUCUGCUAAACAAGUAAAGGAGUUGUUACUGUCUGAGGACAACGGUUGCACUUUGCCGGUGACGCCUCAAUCCAUCUCAGACCUCAAGUCUCUGGCCACGGCAUUACUGGAAACGAUCCACGAGAAGAACAUGGUGAUUCAGCACCAACGCCAAAUCAACAAGAUUCUUGGAAAUCGAGUAGCAGAGCUGGAGAAGAAACUAAAAACAUUAGAAAUGUCUGGAUUAUGGAGCCUGCCAGGCCUUACUUAUAAUGUGUCUCUGGGAAUAUAUGGAAGAGGAAAAGACACCAUCAUCCUGAAUCCUCAGCAGGCUGAGUCAGCACAGUCUCCUGGUCAGGAAGGUGAUGAAGGGUCAGAAGAGAUAGCUGUUGAUCAGCAGAGCUCCGCAGAAGUCCAAAACCAAGAGAGUGGAAAACCAGCGCAAGAUGUACUCCAAGAUGAGGAACAGCCGCCAUCCAGCGAGGAGACGUGCCAGCAGCGCCCCUCAUACCAGUCAGCUGAGGAAGAGCCAGAAACACCAGCGAGUGACGAGUGUGAUGACAGCGGUCACCCGCAGAUCACAAUUGAUUUAACAGCUUUAACGAGUCACCUGUCAGGAGAGGAGGAGUGUCGGAGUGGUUCCCCUCCCACAGUGACAGAUGUGAGCACACACCACUUGCGGCAAACUUUAGAGAACCCUGACCCCACAGGAGGAGGAGAGGCAGAGUUCGAUGAAUGCACUGAAGGGGUCGAAACUGUUGAAACUAAGUGUAUUCUAACAGAGGAAAACAUCAAUAAUGUUAUAUCCACUGCGGCCGCCGCGAGCUCGGCUGGAGAGCAGGAGGACAUCCAGUCAAACCAUGGGGAGACAAAGCUUUCAGAUGAGACAGACGUUUGUGUUACUCAGGAUAUAGGGUAGAAAAUAUAAGGAUGAAUGAUGCAUUUAUAACACGAUGCUACUUUAUUCACCUUUAUGAAUAAUGACACUAUUGAGCUGUUAUGAUUGACAGAUGCUGUAUUGUAAUAACCACUACAUUUUGAUUGAUUUUUAUUUUGAUAAUGGAGGCCUACAUCUGUUACUUAGCAUCAGUUAUUGGGACGCUACAUGGAGGGCUUCCUCAUUAAUAUACACCUGUCAACUGUCAGUAGCUGAUUAUAGCAGCUAGUAGCUUUCGUUUGAUCCAUUGAGAGUGUUACUGUCGUCCCACCUUUUAAACUGAUAAAUUACAUUACGUGUCCCAAAUUUUGUGGACGAGCAUUAGUUAGUCUGGGCAAGAUGACCUGUCAGUGUUCCAAUAUGUCCAAAAGGCUGAAGUCAAAACUCUGUGCAGGUCGGUCAAGUUCUUCAACACCAACCUGGGAAAACCAUUUCUCGCUUUGCAACAUUGUCAUGUUGAAACAGAAAAAGAGGUUAUGCCCAAACUGUCUGCAAAAAAGUUGGAAGCGAUACAUUGUCUGUUUAUCAGAGGUGGAGAGGAGGGCUGUAACUAACCGCUGUUUUCAUUGUCUAUUAAUCUGUCCAUAAUUUUAUCAAUACAUGGAUUAGUUGUUUGUUUACUGUUAUAGGAGUAAAGAAACCAGAAAAUAUUCACAUUUAAGAAGCUGGAAUCAGAGAAGUUUUACUUCUUAAAAAUGAUUGAUACCCAUUAAUCCAUUAUCAAAAUAGUUGGUAGUAAUUAAUCGAUUAAUCGUUGCAGCUCUAGUGGAGAGGGAAGAAAUUGUGAUUUUAUGGUGAUAAAAUCUGACUGAGACAGGAUUUGAACUCACCAGUGAAGGUAAUUUACACAUUUCUGCUGCAAGACACUGAUUCAGUUUUUGUUUCACAUAGAAAUGAGCUCAAAAUGAAGUGGGACAGCGUGCAGUUGCUGUCAGUUGACCAUAAAAUCAAGAAUGUGGUGUAGCUUAGAAAUGAAUUGUCAGAAACUCCUCUAUCUUUCUACCUCUGUCCACGUGUCCGUAUUAACUGAAGGAUUCCAAUAUUUUAUUGAUCACUACAUUGAUAAUAGACAUCCAACUGCUACUUUAUUUUGUUUCUUCAAACCUAAUACAAAUAUUACCAAACAGUUUUAUUUCUAUUAUUGUCUUUUUGAUUUACUAUAUUGUGGGAUGUUUACUCCCUCUGCCCCCUCCCCCUUUUGUGCUAGCAGGUUCUGUCUAGAAGCUACAGUUAUUCUGUUUUAAAACUAAAUGUCCUUACACAAAUUAUAUUUUAAUCACGCAAACUCAAUAUUAUCAAGGCUGUAUAAAAUGCUGCAUGACAAUUAAAGAUAAUUGCAUUGUAUUUUAUUAUCCAUGCUUUUAGUUUACAAUAAUUUGUCAGUUGGCAUUGAAACAUUGACAGAACUUAAUCGUCUGAAACACAACAAAGCCACAGCAUCUAGAUUACCAGCACCGAUGUCUAUAUUAUGUUUUUAUUUUUGUGGUGAAAAAUAUUAACUCACCAGAUAGAAAUGACAUAGGAUAUGUAUGUAUAUGUAUGUAUGUAUUGAAAUGUGCAAAAUGGAUUUAUUUCUGCAAAAUCAUUUAUCUACUGUAUUUUAACAUUCAUUUUAAAUAUAGAAUCCAAAAUGAGA